ACUAGUCUUUCUUUCUCUCUCUCUCUCUCUCUCUAUCCAUGCUCUGUCACGUUUCUCUUGGCGCCUUGAACUGAGUACUCUGUUAGAUCUUUCACCUUUCUAAAAUAUCAUCCUUUCCACCCUUCUCUCUCACACACAAACACACACAGUUCCUUUCGGUGGCCGAGAAACGUACCAACAAUGGUGUACACUCUUCCCGGUAUUCGAUUACCUUCUGCGCCAUUUCUGUACGAUUGGUCCUCCGGCUCCACUUUUCAUGCUGAUCGAAGAAAUAACGUUCAACCUCUUCUGCUGAAGAAGCAUCAUUCUAGGAAGAUUAUUGUGCGAAAUUCGUCUUAUGAUUCCGAUUCCCCAGCCUCUGUUGUUGUUGCAUCUGAUAAGCUUUUGGUACCUGGUGGAGUGGUAGAUGAUCCUCAGAUUUCCGAUAAUGUAAUUGGUGUGGAGUUGGAACACAACGAGGACUUGAUGGAUGUAGCUAAAUAUGAGGCAAUAUGGAAUGAAAAGGAUGUUAUUCGUAAAAGGUCAAUUCCUCCGCCUGGGAAUGGGCAGAAGAUAUAUGAGAUAGAUCCACUGUUGGAUAAUUAUCGUGGUCAUUUGGAUUAUCGAUACAAGCAAUACAAGAAACUUCGUGAGAAUAUUGACAAGUAUGAAGGUGGUUUAGAUGCUUUUUCUCGGGGGUAUGAGAAGUUUGGUUUUAACAGAAGUGAUACAGGUAUCACUUACAGGGAGUGGGCCCCAGGAGCUAAGUCUGCAGCACUGAUUGGUGAUUUCAACAAUUGGAAUCCUAAAGCUGAUGUUAUGGCUCAGAAUGAAGUAGGUGUCUGGGAGAUCUUUUUGCCAAACAAUGCUGAUGGUAGCCCAGCAAUACCACAUGGCUCAAGAGUUAAGAUCCGUAUGGAUACUCCUUCUGGUGUUAAAGACUCUAUACCAGCAUGGAUCAAGUUCUCCAUACAGGCACCUGGAGAGAUUCCAUAUAAUGGGAUAUAUUAUGAUCCCCCUGAAGAGGAGAAAUAUGUAUUCAAACAUCCUCGGCCAAUGAAGCCAAAAUCACUGAGGAUUUAUGAGUCGCAUGUUGGCAUGAGUAGUACGGAACCAAUGAUUAACUCUUAUGCUAACUUCAGAGAUGAUGUGCUUCCACGUAUUAAAAAGCUUGGUUAUAAUGCUGUUCAAAUCAUGGCCAUUCAGGAGCAUUCAUACUAUGCUAGCUUUGGGUAUCAUGUUACCAAUUUCUUUGCUCCUAGCAGUCGCUGUGGAAGUCCUGAAGAUCUGAAGUCUCUAAUAGAUAGAGCUCAUGAGCUAGGUUUGGUGGUUCUAAUGGACAUUGUUCACAGUCAUGCUUCAAGUAAUACUUUGGAUGGGUUGAACAUGUUUGAUGGGACUGAUAGUCACUACUUUCACUCUGGAGCACGAGGUUAUCAUUGGUUGUGGGACUCCCGACUAUUUAACUAUGGUGAUUGGGAAGUACUCAGGUUUCUUGUUUCAAAUGUAAGAUGGUGGUUGGAUGAAUACAAAUUUGAUGGGUUCAGAUUUGACGGAGUGACUUCAAUGAUGUACACGCAUCAUGGCUUGCAGGUAGCAUUUACAGGAAACUACAGCGAGUACUUUGGAUUUGCGACAGAUGUGGAUGCUGUGACUUAUCUUAUGCUGAUCAAUGAUAUGAUUCAUGGGUUUUUCCCUACUACUCUCACAAUUGGGGAAGAUGUUAGUGGAAUGCCAACAUUCUGUAUUCCUGUUGAAGAUGGUGGUAUUGGAUUUGACUAUCGCCUGCACAUGGCCAUUGCUGAUAAGUGGAUAGAACUUCUGAAGAAACGAGAUGAGGAUUGGCAGGUGGGUGAUAUUGUUUACACACUCACAAAUAGAAGAUGGUUAGAAAAAUGUGUUGCUUAUGCGGAAAGUCAUGAUCAAGCUCUAGUUGGUGACAAAACCAUUGCAUUUUGGUUAAUGGAUAAGGAUAUGUAUGACUUCAUGGCAAUAGAUAGACCGUCGACCCCUGUAAUUGAUCGAGGAAUAGCACUGCACAAAAUGAUCAGACUUAUUACCAUGGGCUUAGGUGGAGAAGGCUAUCUUAAUUUUAUGGGAAAUGAAUUUGGCCAUCCAGAGUGGAUCGAUUUUCCUAGGGGUGAACAACGCCUUUCUAAUGGAUCGGUAAUACCUGGAAAUAACAACAGUUUUGAUAAAUGCAGGCGUAGAUUUGAUCUCGGUGAUGCAAAUUAUCUUAGAUACAAUGGAUUGCAAGAAUUUGAUCAGGCAAUGCAACAUCUUGAAGAAGAGUAUGGUUUCAUGACAUCAUCACAUCAAUACAUAUCAAGGAAGGACGAAGGAGAUCGGAUGGUUGUCUUUGAGAAAGGAAACUUGGUUUUUGUCUUUAACUUUCAUUGGUGUAACAGCUAUUCAGAUUACGGAGUUGGAUGCUUGAAGCCAGGAAAAUACAGGAUUGUCUUGGAUUCUGAUGAUGCAUUGUUUGGAGGCUUCAGUAGACUUGAUCACAAAGCAGAGUAUUUCACCUCGGAAGGGUGGUACGAUGAGCGACCACGCUCUUUCCAAAUAUAUGCACCUUCUAGAACAGCUGUAGUCUACGCUUUGGUUGAAGACAACCUAGAACCUGUGAAGGCUCUAGAACAAACACCUGUUACGGAAUAAAGAACAACAUCUGCAGUUUUCGGGGUUUCAAAAUGAGCCAUUAAGAAUGACAUCACUACAAGGUAACAUGUUUGCUGGCAUUAGACAUUCUGUGUACAGUACAUAUUCCCAAAUUGUUGGGUUUCUAGACAAAACAUUAGAUGAGUUCUAAUGUUUACUUUUAUCAUCCUUUAUCCAAAUUUGGUUUAUAUACUUUGGUAUGUAACAAGUAAAAGGUUCUGAGAUCCACUUAGAAGGAUAGAACUUAUGUUUUACUACCAGAAAAAAAAGUAGAGAAUCAUUGACUGAACACUAUAGUGCUGGUUUGCUUCCUUUUUUUUGUUUUUUCGAAAAUACUUUUGACCUU